GUCUCUGUGCUUCCUCAGUCUUUCCUUCCUGUUGCUGCACGUUAUCUUCCACAUCACAUUGGCGAGCCUUGAAGCUCAACAUCGUAUUGCACCUGGCUACAACUGCUCAACAUGGGAAAAGACAUUUCGGCAGAUCGGCUUUGAAAGCUUAAAGGGAGCUGAUGCUGGCAAUGGGAUCAGAGUGUUUGUACCUGACAUCGGGAUGUUCAUUGCUAGUCUGACCAUCUGGCUUCUCUGUAGAAACAUUGUUCAGAAACCUGUGACAGACGAAGCAGCACAGAGUAACCUGGAGUUUGAAAAUGAAGAAUUGGCUGGAGGAGAAAAAAUUGAUUCAGAAGAGGCACUGAUCUAUGAAGAGGAUUUAGACGGAGGAGAUGGUGUUGAAGGCGAGUUGGAAGAAAGCACGAGGUUAAAAAUGUUCCGCAGGCUUGCCUUUGUGGCCUCUAAGCUCAAAGAGUUCAUUGGCAACAUGAUCACCACGGCUGGGAAAGUGGUUGUUACCAUCUUACUGGGCUCCUCGGGUAUGAUGUUGCCGUCUUUGACAUCAUCUGUGUAUUUUUUUGUAUUUUUGGGUCUGUGCACCUGGUGGUCCUGGUGCCGGACGUUCGACCCAUUGCUGUUCAGCUGCCUCUGUGUUCUGCUGGCUAUUUUCACUGCUGGACAUUUGAUUGGACUUUAUUUAUACCAGUUCCAAUUCUUUCAAGAAGCAGUUCCACCCAGUGACUACUACGCAAGGUUGUUUGGUAUCAAGUCAGUAAUUCAAACGGACUGUUCCAGUACUUGGAAGAUCAUAGUAAACCCAGACCUGUCAUGGUACCACCACGCCAACCCUAUCCUCCUGCUGGUGAUGUACUACACUCUGGCCACUCUGAUCCGCAUCUGGCUGCAAGAGCCCCUUGUGCAGGAGGAGAGGACCAAAGAAGAGGACAAAGACCUGGCUUGUAGCCUCAUCCAAAUAACGGCGGAGAGGAGGCGGAGCCUGUGGUACGCAACCCAUUACCCCACCGACGAGAGAAAACUUUUAUCCAUGACCCAGGAUGACUACAAACCUUCUGAUGGCCUGCUGGUGACUGUGAACGGUAACCCCGUGGAUUACCACACCAUCCACCCCAGCCUGCCCAUGGAGAACGGCCCCGGCAAAGCCGACUUGUACUCCACCCCCCAGUACCGGUGGGAGCCCUCUGAUGACUCCUCAGAAAAGCGAGAGGAGGAAGAGGAAGAGAAAGAAGAAUUUGAAGAAGAAAGGAGCCGUGAGGAAAAAAGAAGUAUCAAAGUUCAUGCCAUGGUCUCCGCAUUCCAAUUCAUUAUGAGACAAAGUUACAUCUGUGCCCUCAUAGCUAUGAUGAUCCUUUUCACCAUUACUUUUUGGCUACUGCUGAGGCAGCACCUCACAGAGCAAAAAGCUCUGCGAGAAAAGGAAGCUCUUUUAUCGGAGGUCAAAAUUGGCAGUCAGGAUAAUGAAGAAAAAUGUAAAUUAGUGUACAUGGUGUGUGGCCAGAGAGUUUGGUGCUCAGCAAAAUUACAGAGAAAGAGCCCCAAAAUACAUCAGAAAGCUUCAGAAUAA